CGGCACGUCACGGCGCGUCCGCCAGCUGAGCGCUCGCCCGGAAGUGAUGCGGUGGAGGCAGAGCCGCUGGUCGCCGCGGAGCAUUCUAUGUGGAAGCCAGGGAGCCUGAAGGAAGCUGUGAAGCUAGUGGAAUGAUUCUCUGUGUAGCUGAAACUAUGUUAGCUGAGUGCUGCUGAUGGCAUGGUGAGAUGUGUUGAAGAGCAGCUGCGAGGGUGUCCGAGGGCAGGGGGACCGUGCUAGGAGCUGGGCUUGCACCACCAUGGGCCAGUGUGUCACCAAGUGCAAGAACCCUUCUUCUACCCUUGGCAGCAAAAAUGGGGAGAGAGACUCUGGCAGCAAAUCCCACAGCAAGAGAAGUGCAGUCCACAAAGACGACCACGGCUCAGCUUGCGGGAAGGCUUCAGGAGACAUCCUUGUGAAUGGGACAAAGAAAACAGAUGCUGCUGUAGAGUCCAGUCAGCCUCCAACGUUUUCUGGAGAUGCAAAGAAAGACUCUGUUUGCAGUGCAGAGGAAUCUUCUCUUCAGAGGAUUGGGGAGUUGUUCAGGAGGUAUAAGGACGAGCGGGAAGAUGCCAUACUGGAAGAAGGAAUGGAACGAUUUUGCAAUGACCUCUGUGUUGAUCCCACUGAAUUUAAAGUACUAGUUUUGGCUUGGAAAUUCCAGGCUGCUACCAUGUGCAAAUUUACAAGGAAGGAGUUUUUUGAAGGCUGCAAAGCAAUAAAUGCAGACAGCAUUGAUGGCAUUUGUGCAAGGUUCCCCAGCCUCCUAAACGAAGCCAAGCAGGAGGAUAAAUUCAAGGAUCUCUAUCGUUUCACCUUCCAGUUUGGCCUGGACUCUGAAGAGGGACAGAGGUCGCUACAUCGGGAAAUAGCCAUUGCCCUUUGGAAAUUAGUCUUCACCCAAAACAAGCCCCCUAUUUUGGACCAGUGGUUACACUUCCUAAUCAAGAACCCCUCAGGAAUCAAGGGAAUCUCCCGGGACACGUGGAACAUGUUUCUAAAUUUUACUCAGGUGAUUGGACCGGACCUUAGCAACUACAGCGAGGACGAGGCCUGGCCGAGCCUCUUCGACACCUUUGUGGAGUGGGAAAUGGAGCGCAGGAAAAAGGAGGAGGAAACCAAAAGUGUUCUGUCCUCGGACACAGAGGGGCCGUGUGCGGAUGGACAGACCUAGCAGCAGGGACAAAAGCAGCUCCUUGCCCUUCACACAAUGUAAACUCUGGAUGUUUCUGGAAAUUACCGAGGCUCCAGAUUUUUCUACUUUACACCUUUUUCUGCCUUGUCUUUGAAAGGGCUCUAAAAUGCUGUAUCAUGUUUUAGGCACUUUCUUAAUUUUGGUUAUUCCUUUUACUCUUGCCCUGAAAUAUUUGACCCUGGCUACAAGUUAAGCAUUUUUUUUAUUUUAUUUUAUUUUUAAGACUUCAGAUUAGUAUAAGUAAGUCUGAUACUUCUUGCACAAUGUAGAUCUUUUUAGUUAGGUUAAAUUAACAUUGCUAAAUUAUACAGUGCCAGAUUAAGUUUUUUCAUACUACAUCUGUCAGGGCAGGUCUGUACUGUGUGUAGUGCUGUUUACAUUGUUGAAAUUUUAGGCUGUAAUAAUUUUAAGGUUUUAUACCGAGAUGAACAGCAGUGUUAACUAUAAAUGCAUUAAUCCUGGGUAAUAAGGCUCUAAAAAUCAACAUAAGCGACAGCUUUUUGUAAUAUGGCUAAUUCCCAUUUUGAGCUAACUCCUAGUGAAUGAGUCCAGAUCAUUCCUUUUUUUGGACUUUCAAACUAAAUGUUGGGAUUGUUUUAUAAAAUUACUGUACCUGUCAGUCAACUGAGUGGUAGAUGACGAUUUAUAUCUAAAUCUCUUUACACAUUCACAUAAUAAAAGAGCAGUACUACCUCAGUUUUAUUGAAAGUGGACUUGUUGAUGGACUUCCAUUUUCUCUGGAAGUUGUAUUUUUGUGGUUACAUGAGAAUAUUUUUACUUGACUAAAAGAACCAAAGGUUCUGCUUCUUAAGUUUGCUAAACAUUGAGAGAAGCAACACACAAAUCCUAAGUCUUCAAGGAAAACUGUGGUAUAAUUCUGCUUUAAUUUGUUUGAUUUAUACCUAAAGUAUUACCUUACUUGUCUGGCAAGCACAGUACUUCUAUGUAAGGAACUAUCUUUUGCAUUAAUAUUGACAAACCAAUUUUUUAAAGCAUAUGUUUAAUUGCUAAAUUGCAGUUAAUACUCCACACUUUCUGGAGCAACAAUAUCGGCAUCUGAUGACAAAGUGAAUUCUUAAUGUGUUCUUAAUGACAGCAGUGUAGAUGAGUCAUUUUUAGACUGAUUUGAUAAUAUUUGGAUAGGAGUCAAUUUAUUAUUUUACAAUGCCUGUAUUGGGACUAUUUGCCUGUUGAAAUUGUUGUGACUUAAAGGGAGUUUUAUUAACACUGGUUGAAACUUUUUUGGUUAUUGAUGCUACCUUUUUUAAUUUUAGUAUGUCAACUUUUUUACACCUUUUGGUAAAAGGUUUGAUUGCCAAGGCUUUCUGUAAUGCCAAGUGCUGGCUUAAUGAAUUUGAUACACUUCUGUUACACACCUUUUAUUUUCAGAGCUGCAUUUCAGGAUCAUAAACCAAUUUCAACUGAAACACAACAAAACAAAAGCCUAGACAGUCAUCCAUAGCAUCUAAUGGCUUUUGUGAUGUAAGGGUUUUAAAACUAAAGGGAAACAGGUUUUAAGUGGUGAGCUUGUCACAGGUCCAGGGUGUUGUGCUUUGCACAUCUGUUGUGCCCCACAGGGGUUAGCAGAGAGAGGAGCAGGAUCUACCCAAAUUCUGGGUCUGGCUUUGCUGGUAUGCAGCCCUGCAAUGGCUUGGCUUGGAGGUCAUAAAUCACUAACAAAAUGUGGGUAAUGCAAACUGUUUAAAAACAAACCCACAAGCCACAGAUAGCAUCUCUUUCAUCUAAUAAAAGGAGAGUUUGGUCCAUGCUGCUCUUGCUGGGAGACAAGCUAUGGAAAACAAGCUGUGGCUGUUUUAGAUGCAGCUGAAUCUGUCCCUUUGCAGGAGAGCCCUGAAGUUGCUGUUUUAUGAGUAAAUACACCCAAAGCUUUGUCCUUGCUUCUCUAACUUUCUGUGGCACAAAAGUGUUUGGCAGCAAAACCUUAUUGUGAUUUGGUGAGCAAAGCAGCCAAAGCACUCGUGCUGGAAUCGUUGAAUUUAUGGUGAGACUUUUGCUGGUGCUGUUAUUUUUAAAAGACUAAAAUAAAUUCCCCAACAGAGGCUGCUUUGUUAGGAAAAGUUCCAAAUGGAGACUGAUUUGAUAGUAAAUGAAGACUGUAUUUGUAAGUUGGAGGCUCUUCAUUCAUUCAGCUAUUAAAUGCUUUGUUCAUCACUUAAUUUUUUUUUCCCCCUAAAGGAAAUUUAAAAUGUCCAGAGUGUGAAGAGUAACUGUUCAAAUGGGUAGCUCACCAGAUGGCAGCUUCUGAUUUACACCCCAGCAUGCAGCAGCCCCAGAGGAUGAGGCUCUUUAAGGAAGGUGUUUAUCUUGUGGUUGGAAUGUGGACAGCAGUGAGGAAAUCAAUCUGUAGCACACCAGGCUCAGCCAUUUUAAGGUAUCCGAGGUAACACAGCUGCUUUUCAAAGGCAGAGGUGAACACACAGGAAGGGAAAAUCUGGUUUCCUGUUGGGGAAAGGACAUACCAUUGCCCACGAGUUCAGUGUGGGGGACAGCCCUGCUCCUGUUCUGCUGCUUCCAGCCAGGCAGGAGCAGCUCCACCCACUGGGCAGGGAACUUGCAAAAAUAGCCAAAUGAUCUAUCUAGGGAAGUAUCACUUAUCUUUAGCCUAAUUUUAGUCCUUUGAUUACCAUUUACAGAAUGCAAACCAGACCUGUGUCAGUUUAAACUCCUGAGGCAGGAGCUGGAGGUGCAGCUCUUGGGCAGUGCUGGCAGAGUGGGGCUGCCAGACCUUCUCUUGGAUUGCCUGGUGAUUUUGUGAUCCCAAAUAGACUCUAAUGCUGAGCUGAGGGAAUGGGGUUUGUGUGUGUUUCUGAGAAGUCUUUAAUAAUAUUGGAGCCUCUGAAAAUAUGCUUGUUUAAUGGUUAAACUGUGAAUAUCUGUGGAACAGGCCAAAUGCAUUCAUUUUUCAUUUUUAUAUAAUUUAAUUCUUCAUUGUGUAGGGCACAGGACUGUAAGUGAGCAGUGAUGCUGAUGAAAUCCUUGAAACCAUUGCAACUGUUUAGUUUUUUUAAAAAAUAGAUUAUGCAUUAGGAAACUUUAUGCAUGUAGUGAAUCUGCUGCAACUUGGGAUAAAUAACUAUAGAUAACUAUAUAGAUAGUUGGAGUAAUAUACUGGAAAACUGGUCUGGUAUCCACAAUCUGGCAUUUUACUGCCUUCUCUUAUAUGCAAAGAAAUACAACUCCUGUAAACUUUAGCCCCUAGUAAUAAAACACUGACCACCUACACCACAUUAUAGCUUGCAACACUUGUAAAAUUUGGCUUCCAGAUCAGCUGGAGGCUUAAUUGUGCUAUUUUCACUUGUGUGGGUGCAUUUCUGAGGUCAAAGACUAUCUAUUGAUUCAAGUAAGGAUUUGAAAGAUCCUGGCCAUAAAACAUGACUGAGGCAGUGAGUUGGAAUUGAACACCAAAUUGUGGGUUUAUUUGCUGCUGGUGCUAUUCUACAUGGAGAAUUACAGCUUCUUAGUACUGUGCAAUCCUGGUGAAAGGAGCACAGGAGGGUGAGCACAGGUCUGGCAGGUGGCACAGACACAGCUGGGGCUGAGAGCUUCCCCCAGGCUGGCCCAGCAGGAUCAGCUCUGAACCAGGACAGGUCUCAGCCAGGCACAGUUCAGAGCAUGGAACGAGCUCAGGCUG